AUGGCCAACGACCCUCCGUCCGAAAGGGCCAUACCCCCAGGCCUUGCUAACAACAAAUACUCGGCCUCGUUGAGAAAAAGAGGCCCAGGCCAGCGAAGCCGAUCCAGCUUAAAUCCCUCUGUUGCGAACUCUGUUUCUAGCGAUGGUGACGACUCCAUUGACGAACUCCUGAAAGCUCCUCGCAAGAGAGCGAAACCGUCGGGUCAGGUUCUUACCCCCAAUAAUGGUAACAAGCCAGCAGUCAUGGUUGAAGUGUCGAUAGGACCAAAACUCCCAUUUACUUCCCCUUCGUCCUCAACAGAUGCGGGUGGUAUUAGCACGACAAACGGAGACACUACACCUGCCACAACUGCAAAUGUUACCCCAGCAGAGCCUGCCAAUCCUAACAAAAAACGAGUCAACGCAACAGCCCGUUUUCUUGAAUUGCGGUCAAGUACAUUGGGUCUAAUGGGUUCGAAACGUGCUGCCAAUUCUAUGAGUACGGAUGCGUCACCUGAUGAAAGCGCAGAUGAAAACUUAGCCCGUGCUCUUCAAGCAGCAGAGUACAGUAAAAAUCCUAACCAAAAUCUGAGAUAUUCCGGCGGCAGAAGGCGUUCAUUGCGACCAAAAUUGGUCGCUCCUUUUUCAACUAACCGCAGGGCUAGUCAACGAUCUCUUGCGCUUGCCUCCACCAGCACCCGUGGAAAGUUGAGGGCAGCAACACUGAGAGAUAAUAUCCCAGACAGCGAAGAGUCUUCUUUAUCCGAAUUAGACCCUUUGGCCAAUGCAGAUACCGGUGACUCUGCAACCGAGUGUUCUUUGAGUGAUGAGGGUUUUAGUGAAGGGGAUGCUACUGAUGGAGAUGCUAGUGAUCCAGAUUCUAGUGAUGGAGCUUCUGGUGAUGGAGAUUCUUCUGUUAUGACUACCAGACGUCCACGACGCGCAAUUACAGUUUCAAGGCAUCCCAACCCUCGGAUUCGAUCGCGGAACGCAGAAGAAUCACGAGUAACUCCACGUACUAUCCGGGAACGCAGAAAACUCGAGCAACAGCAUCCAAUUAUCAAAACGAUGUGGGAUGAUCUUAAAAAAUCCCCCAUGAUCACUCUCACCCCAGCCGUACAACCACCAGGCAUCUCCCGAAAAUUGAAGUCAUUUCAGCUGGAAGGGUUAAAUUGGAUGAUACAACAAGAAAAGUCCCAAUGGAAGGGCGGACUCCUUGGUGAUGAGAUGGGAAUGGGAAAAACGAUCCAAGCAGUCUCAUUGUUGAUGUCUGAUUACCCUGUUGGCAUACCCUCAUUGGUUGUCGUACCCCCUGUUGCUCUGAUGCAAUGGCAGUCUGAGAUCGAACAAUAUACGGACGGUAAAUUGAAGGUGCUUAUCCAUCAUGGUUCUAACUCGAAAGUCAAAAAUCUUUCAGCGAAGCAGCUGAUGGCUUACGACGUGAUCAUGAUAUCCUAUGCUGGACUUGAGUCUAUGCACCGGAAGGAAGUAAAAGGAUGGAAAAGAAACGACGGUCUCGUGAAAGAAGACACAAAAGCCUGCUUUGCCUUGAAGUCAACCUACAAAUGGUGCCUCUCUGGUACUCCAGUUCAAAACCGAAUCGGAGAGUUCUUCUCGCUCCUGCGAUUCUUAGAGGUUAAGCCGUUCGCAUGUUACUUUUGCAAAAGCAAGGAACUGGUUAACAUGAGUCUAGUUACCGAGUCGAGACGCCCUGCCGAUCGGAAGGCUGGCCUGGAAAAGUUGAGAUGUAUCACUGACAGGCUUAUGCUUCGUCGUGUUAAGCAAGACCAUACAGCUUCGAUGGAACUCCCACCCAAGCGGGUAAUACUUCACAAUGAAUUCUUCGGGGAAAUUGAACGCGACUUUUCCACUAGCAUUAUGACCAAUACUGUUCGGCAAUUUGACACAUACGUCAGCCGGGGCGUUAUGCUCAACAACUACGCAAAUAUCUUCGGUCUGAUCAUGCAGAUGCGUCAAGUAGCAAAUCACCCAGACUUGAUUUUGAAGAAACAUGCCGAAGGCGGUCAAAACGUCAUAGUUUGCGGCAUCUGUGAUGAACCUGCGGAAGAACCGAUACGCUCUCGUUGUCGACAUGAAUUUUGCAGACAGUGUGCCAAAGAUUAUAUUCGCUCCUUUGAAGUCGGGACAGAACCCGAUUGCCCACGCUGUCAUAUCCCGCUUUCUAUCGACUUCGAGCAGCCAGAUAUCGAACAGGAGGAUGAUCAAGUCAAGAAAAACUCCAUCAUCAACCGUAUCAAAAUGGAAAACUGGACAUCAUCGACGAAGAUCGAAAUGCUCGUUUACGAUCUUUUCAAGCUACGCAGCAAGAAGCGGACGCACAAGUCCAUUGUUUUCUCGCAAUUUACGUCAAUGCUCCAGUUGGUUGAGUGGCGUUUGCGGAGGGUGGGUUUUAACACAGUCAUGCUGGAUGGAAGCAUGACCCCAGCCCAGCGCCAGAAAUCCAUCGAGCAUUUCAUGAAUAAUGUCGAUGUUGAGGUGUUCCUUGUUUCUCUUAAAGCGGGAGGUGUCGCGUUGAACCUUACUGAGGCAUCGAGAGUCUUCAUCGUGGACCCAUGGUGGAACCCGGCAGCCGAAUGGCAGAGUGCAGAUCGAUGUCACCGAAUUGGCCAGCGACGACCGUGUGUGAUAACUCGACUCUGCAUCGAGGAUUCCGUGGAAUCGCGCAUGGUUUUACUCCAGGAGAAAAAAGCCAAUAUGAUCAGAGGCACGAUUAAUAAGGAUCAAAGCGAGGCGCUGGAGAAGUUGACGCCGGAAGAUAUGCAGUUUCUGUUCCGGGGAAAUUGA